AUGGAGAACGCCCUCGGCUUCUCCUGCCCGCCUCCCCCCCCGCUCUCUCCCGGGCCUCCCCCGCCUGGAGGUCCCUUCCCGGGCCCGGUGCCCACCGAGCCCAGCGCCGAGCCCGGCCCCGCCGUCCUCCCUCCUACCGCCGGCCGCGCCCCGCCGCACGGUCCUCGGCGCCCCAGGUGGCAGCGCGGGGGAGUCGGGUUUCGAACUCAGCCCCUCGGGGCUGGUGGGGGGAGCCUGACCCCGCUCGGGCUGCCCGGGCUCCCGUGGCCGAUCCCGGCUCCGCGGACACCCGCAGCGCAGUGGAGGGGACGGCGGCGAGGGGCAGGCGCGCGCCCCGGGCGCACGGAGGUCGCCUCGGGAACAGGUGGCCCGGCGGGGACGGGGACCGAGCCCCCGGUGCCUGCAGCCCGCCGCCCCGCCCCGCCCCGCGCGCCCCCGGACCCCCGCCCGCCGCCCCCUCGGCGCCGCCCCGCGUACCUCCGGCUCCCGGGCAGGCCAGCGGCGGACAGCGGCCGGGCGGCGGCGGCCCGGACCCGGCGGGAGGGAGCACCGCCCUCGGGCCCUGGGCGGUGCCAGCCCCCCCCCCCCCCCCCCCCCGGUGCCCACCCCACCCGUCCCCGCCCGGGGCCGCUUGUCCUCCCUGCUGCCCCGGGGGGACCUGAGUCAUCCUCGGCGAGCCUGUGGCCAACAGGUGUGGGGCGUCUUCGCCGACUCUUCCCCUGCAGCACGGGUUCCAGCCCACCCCCGGCACAGGCUUCCUCCCUCCCUCUCUGGUUUUUCGAGGAGGGGUCUCACUACGGCCUCGAACUCACGGGCAUCCUCCUACCUCUGCCUCGCGAGUGA